AUGGCGUCUCUCGCUGUUGGUCUCUGGAAUCACUCUCUCUGGGGAGAGUCACUCAAGCUGACAUGUUGGGGGCUGCCCUGUGAAGAGACCCUGAAUGGCCAGGAACUGAGGCUUCCUGCCAACAGCUGUGAGAAGAAGCUUAGAAGCACAUCUUCUAGGCCGGCUUUCCAGAUCAAGUCUUUCACAUCCCUGCGCUUCCUGUCGGAGCCCUCGGAUGCCGUCACUAUGCGCGGAGGGAACGUCCUCCUGAACUGCUCCGCGGAGUCUGACCGGGGAGUCCCUGUCAUCAAGUGGAAGAAAGACGGCAUCCACCUUGCCUUGGGAAUGGACGAAAGGAAGCAGCAACUUCCAAAUGGGUCUCUGUUGAUACAAAACAUACUUCACUCCAGGCACCAUAAGCCAGACGAGGGACUUUAUCAAUGUGAGGCGUCUUUAGCGGACGCUGGGUCAAUUGUUAGUCGGACAGCAAGAGUUGCAGUAGCAGGACCGCUGAGGUUCCUCUCCCAGACAGAAUCUAUCACUGCUUUCAUGGGCGACACAGUGUUACUCAAGUGUGAAGUCAUUGGGGAGCCGAUGCCAACCAUACACUGGCAGAAAAACCAGCAGGACCUGACUCCCGUCCCUGGUGACUCCCGGGUGGUGGUCUUGCCCUCCGGAGCCUUGCAAAUCAGUCGACUUCAACCGGGGGACAUUGGGAUCUAUCGAUGCUUAGCCCGGAAUCCAGCCAGCUCAAGGACAGGAAAUGAAGCAGAAGUCAGACUCUUAUCAGAUCCGGGACUGCACAGGCAGCUGUAUUUUCUGCAAAGACCAUCAAAUGUAGUAGCCAUUGAAGGAAAGGAUGCUAUCUUGGAGUGCUGUGUUUCUGGCUAUCCUCCCCCAAGUUUUACCUGGCUACGAGGAGAGGAAGUCAUCCAACUCAGGUCCAAAAAGUAUUCUUUAUUGGGUGGAAGUAACUUGCUUAUCUCCAAUGUGACAGAUGAUGACAGUGGAACUUACACCUGUGUUGUCACAUAUAAAAAUGAGAAUAUUAGUGCUUCUGCAGAGCUCACAGUCUUGGGUAAGUGA